AUGGCCGCUGGCGUGUCAGUCAUGGAGAUGAUUCUCUGGCCACUGUUGCUGACUUUGCUGAACAUCUACGUGACUUUACCCCACGCUAAAGCUGUAGCCUUCCCCACUUCCCCUUACCUCACCGUGGCUGAUCCGUAUUCCAACGUCACAUGCCCUGCAGAAUGUCGAUGUUCUAAACUGAAUGAGACAAGCGUCAGAUGGAUGCGGUUGAUCAGCUGUUCUGUGAGCCACAUCUCUCCACACCUGACCUCACUCCUCAACCAGAUGCCCGGUCCGGUGACUGGUCACGUACACUUCACGUGCACCAACAACCCUGACACAGAUGUCCCUCCCGAGUCCAAGUUGUGGGACGGAGCUUUCAAGAAUCUGUACCAACUCAGGCUUCUCGUGUUUGAUCGCUGCAAGUUCCGAAUUCUGUCCAAGCAUGCAUUCCGAGGUAUGAGUUCUCUGACAGAGCUUCUCAUCCGAGACGCGAUCAUUGACAACAUUGACCCAGAUCUACUGGUCUAUCUACCUCAACUGGGCAGGCUAGAGAUAUCCAACAGUGCCAUCACACACCUAUUCCCACUGUGUACAGCUGCAUCACUGACAUUUUUAAACAUUUCUGGAAAUCGCUUGGCAUCUCUGGGAGACUCUGUUUUAAACUGUCCUAACAGGCCCCUCUACAAACUAGAAUCUUUGGUAGCUAACGACAACCUCCUCACAAAUAUCCCACCAUGGCUUGACCAAAGUCUACCAAAUCUGCAUCAUCUUAACCUAGCCAACAACUAUAUUUCUCAAUUUCACCAGUCGCCAUUUCAGAACUUACACCAACUGGAGGUCUUAGACAUCAGCAACAACUCACUGACAAACCUUGGUGAAUCAUUAUUUCUGGGUUCUUCAAAUAUUCUUAGAUUAGACAUGUCGAAAAAUAAAGUGUCGACCUUCAGCCGAGGGCUGGUGGCAAAUCUCUCUGCCUUGCAGCAGUUGGAUAUUAGUGGUAUGGACUUGGACGACAAGGUCUGGUUGGAAAUCUCAGAGCUUCGACAGUUGGUCCAUCUAAACAUGUCACACAAUCAACUCACUGGCAUAAGCACGUAUGUGAUGAGCCAGCUGACAAGGCUGAAGUACUGCUAUCUGGACAACAAUCGAAUCAGCUCUAUCCCUGCAUCAGCUUUCAGCUCCCAGAUACACAUGGACACCUUAGAUCUUUCAUUUAAUAAGAUAGCCGACAUGUCUCCCCUCGUUUUUGCAAACCAAGUAUCUCUGAAACAUCUGUACUUGCACCACAACCAACUAAGUGCUCUUGGAUACGACAGCAUUGCUCAGUUAGACCAGCUUCUCACAAUAGACGUCAGCCAUAACAGUCUGUCAUUCCUGCCAUCAGCAACACUCGAGGCCUUUGCCAGUGUCACUUACAUUGACAUGAGUUUCAACAAUCUGUCAAACAUUGAUUCAAAUCUAUUUAUUAAAACACUGCAUGUUCUGUAUUUGAACAUCUCCCACAACAGCUUGACAGAAGCACCAGUUGUCAGUCAACUACUUCAGAUGAGGUUGCUUGACAUGAGCUACAACAGAAUAGCACACCUCAACUCGUCACUGCUGUCAGAGCUUGGGUCACUGACUACACUUGUGCUUUCUCACAACCAAAUCAGUAGUUUACCAGUCAGGCUAUUGAAGGGUUGUGAGAACAUACGAAGCAUUGAUCUGUCAUACAACUUUAUAAAAUCACUAGAUGACUCUUUAUUCUCCAGCACAGUGGUCAUCGAACAUAUAGAUAUGUCCUAUAAUCAAAUCACUGACAUCAGAACGGUCUUCAAUGGACUCAAACACUUGGAAACACUUGAUCUCUCCUACAACAGAAUUGACAAAAUUAUGAGAGGCCAGUUUCCUCAUUUUGUUAAACAUCUCCAUCUUCAAGGCAAUCAAAUCAUGUUUAUCACUGCUCACACUUUUAAAUCUCUCAACAAACUGCAGAUGGUUGACCUCAGUGAGAACAAACUCACCUCACUCAACAGAAUGGAUGUGGAAAUUGCAUUUAACAUGGACAUUGCUCCCAUUUUUUACCUGCAGUCCAACCCUUUUGUCUGUGACUGCAGGCUCGGUUGGCUAAAGGAUUGGACUCUAGGUAGACUGGACAACAGGACCCUUCCUGUGUUUCAUUUGGAUUCUGGAUUAGGCUGUAGCAGCCCAUUUUAUGAGGAACUGAAAAGCUUGGAACAACUGUCCAGGUCAGACUUCCUGUGUAGUUACACCAGCUACUGUGAAGAGUCGUGCAUGUGCUGUGAUUAUGCCUGUUACUGUAAGUACGCCUGUCCGGCCGCCUGUUUGUGUUACAUUGGGGAUGGAUCUCUGCACUCUCACCACGUCAAGUGUAAUUCUGCUGACCUAACAACCGUACCUGCAGAGUUGCCCGAGGGAGCCACAAACCUGAGACUGGAUGGCAAUCAUAUCUCGGUUCUUCACAGACAUCAGUUUCUGGCGCUCAAACAUGUGCAGGUUUUAUACCUUAACAACAGCCAAAUAACAGCAAUAGAGAACAGCACGUUCAAGGGACUGAAGUCAGUUCAGGUGCUGUACUUACAGGACAACCUCCUGACAGCAGUUUACUCAGUCACAUUUCAAGGUUUGGACAGCCUGCAAGAGUUAUUCCUGCAGAACAAUCAGAUUUAUUCGCUUGAUAUCCAAUCGUUCCUACUUCCUUCAAUCCUUCAUCUAGUCAACCUGCAAGAUAACUCUCUCAGUGCUAUAUCUUUUGAGGACUUAGAACAUCUUGCAAAUCGCACUCUUGAUAACGGAGCAACCAGCAAGGUAUACCUCAGUGGGAACCCGUGGAACUGUGAAGCUGAUUUUGCCUGCAAGUUUCUAUCUCUAGCCCAACAGAGCCCUGAGUUCAUUGCAGACUUACCCUACAUUGAAUGUGCCCACAUUGAAAUCAACGGAAAGCCCCUUCACGCUCACCCAGAAAACACACUUCUAUUGGAUGUACAGCUAGAACUAUGUGGUAGCAAUCAAACAAGCUUGGCCAAUGGCAGCUGGCUGAACUUGAAAGGGUCGUCAUCAAAGAGUGAAACAUAUGCACUGAUAGCAGCAUGUCUAGUUGUCCUCUGCGGCAUGUGUCUCCUAACUGUAGCUUAUGUUAACAGACAUCUUAUCCAAGUGCUACUUUAUGCCCGUUUUGGGGUGCGCGUGUUUAAGGCAACAAAACCAUCUGAGGAUUCAGACAGACCUUAUGAUGCAUUUAUUUCCUACAGUAACAAGGAUGAAGACUUUGUAGUGCAUCAACUAGCCCCUCGUUUAGAAAAUGGUAAACAAAAAUUCAGACUCUGUGUACAUUACAGGGACUUCCCAGCUGGAGCAUGCAUAGCAGAUACAAUUGUCAGAAGUUUAGAAGCCAGUAAAAGAACUAUCCUCGUAGUCUCCAAUCACUUUCUGGAUUCUGAGUGGUGCAGGUUUGAAUUCCAAGCUGCCCACCAGCAAGUUCUCAGUAAGCGCUGUAACAGAGUCAUUCUCAUUCGUCUGCAUAAUUUAGAUCCAGGGAAAGUGGAUGAUGACCUAAGGAUGUACAUGAAGACACGGACAUACCUCAAAUAUGAUGACCCAUGGUUCUGGGAAAAACUCACAUUCGUUAUGCCGGACAUUCGGCAUAGAAAAGUAUAUAUGCCUUCACAGUUGCCCAGUUCUAGAGAACUUGAAUAUAUGGACCAUGAAAUGUGUCUUUCAGAGCCUCAACAAACUCAGCUGUAUCCACGUUUCCAUAUUAAUGGUAGUUGUAGUCAAUGUGAAGUUAUCCAUAAUGGUAUGUAUGAAAUCCCAGUGUUCGACUCCCCUAGCACCCACUACCACCUGGCAAACAGUGUGGGUUGCAGUAUUCACACCAACUCCGCCUACCACAACUCAGAUGCUAGUGACUGUACUGCAGGCUACAACACAGGGUCUGGACAUGGAAGUUGCUGCCAUUAUGAAGAGGUGGGUCCUGGCUCAGGUUCUCUUGAAAGCACCCCUAGAAAAGAAAUAGGGACCCCACCACCUGUACCGUUAAUACCCAAAGAGGGGUUUAUUCCAAGACAGAAGCUAGUGCCAUUUCAAGUUUAA